AUGUUAGCUUCAACAGUGUUACAGGACAGAUCUGGGGACUCCCUCUUUGUUAGUCUCCAUCCACCUUAUGGUCUCUCCAGCCGCAGCUUCCGGGACCAGCUCCUCAGCGUCCUGGCUCCUAGGAGCAGGCAGCACUGUCUCUUUGCGUUAGCUUUAUACUGCUCUCAGAUUCGUCAGAAUUAUUCCACCGAAGUGGAAGCUGCCAUGAACCGCCUGGUCAACUUGCACAACUUGCGGGCCUCCUACACCUAUCUCUCUCUGGGCUACUAUUUUUAUUGGGUUGAUGUGGCUACGGAGGCUGCAGCCCACUUUUUCAGCGAAUUGGCCCUGGAGAAGCACGAGGGCUCUGAGCUUUCUUCAAGUUGCAGAACAAGCGUGGGGACUGUGCUCUUUCAGGGUGUGCAGAAGCCAUCUCAAGAUGAGUGGGGUAAAACCCAGGAGGCCAUGGAAGCUGCCUUGGCCCUGGAGAAGAACCUGAACCAGGCCCUCUUGGAUGUCCAUUCCCUGAGUUCUGCUCGCGCAGACCCUCACUGUGAUUUCUUGGAAAACCACUUCCUGGAUGAGGAGGGGCAGCUCAUCAAGAAGAUGGGCAGCCACCUCACCAACAUCCAUCAGCUGGCAGGGUCACAGGCGGCUCUGGGCGAGUAUCUCUUUGAGCGGCUCACUCCCAAGCAGGACUAG